GAAACUUCCACCAAACCGAGCGAUGGCGGCCACCGUGUCUGUUAGCACUGCUGCCAGGGAGGAAAGCACAGACACACUGCCCGGCCUCGCCACGGACCAGGAGCGCGUUACGCCCGGGGAACGCCCGGUUCCCGAAGUUACACCGGACGAAGACGAGGACGCCGCUUCUGGACGUGACAGUCAGCGAAGGGUCGACGAGGACCUGGCAUCGCUGAGCCCCGAAGAGAUCGAAAGCCGCCUGGAGAGAACUCGCAGGGAGUUUUACAACCGUAGAAAAAUCAUUAUAAAGAACCUUCCUUCCGACGUGACCAACCAGGAGGUCCAUGAGCUGUUGGGCAGCUUUGACUUGAAGUACUGCUUCGUUGACAAAUACAAGGGCACAGCAUUUGUGACACUGCUUAAUGGGGAACAGGCGCAAUGUGCCAUCAAAGAAUACCACCAGCACUUGCUCCGCGACAGGGAGAUCUCUGUGCAGCUGCAGCCAACAGACUCUCUCCUCUGCAUCGCCAACCUGCCCCGUGCGUUCACCCAGCAGCAGUUUGAGGAGCUGGUGCGGCCCUUUGGCAACCUGGAGCGCUGCUUCCUGGUCUACAGCGCCUCCACGGGACACUCCAAGGGCUACGGCUUCGUGGAAUACAUGAAGAAGGACUCGGCUGCCAGGGCCAAGUCGGAGCUCCUGGCCAAGCAGCUGGGCUCCCGCAUGCUGUACGUCCACUGGACUGAAGUGGGCUCCCUCACGUACCCGCUGCUACACUCCAAAUGCCUGUGCGUGGACCGGCUGCCCCCGAGCCUUCUGACGGCUCAAGACCUCCGCAACGCUCUGGCCGACACUCACCCGCCUGUCUUCUGCCAGUUGGCACAGGGACAAGACGGGAGUUUCCGGCGCUUUGCGGUGUUGGAGUUUGCCACUGCAGAGAUGGCUGAGGACGCUCAGCGGCUCACAGAUGGCAGGCUGCUGGGCGGCACACACAUCAGGGUGUCCUUCUGUGCCCCCGGCCCUCCUGGAAGAAGCAUGCUGGCCGCUCUGAUUGCAGCACAAACCAUGGCUGUGAACAGAGGUAAAGGUCUCCUCCCUGAUCCCACGGCUAUGCAGAUUCUCACAGGCCUCAACAACCCUGCCACGCUCAAGAUGCUGCUCAACCCGCUGUCGCAGGGCCACAAACAAGGUCUGCUUGGGGCGGCCCCCGCCAUGCCGCUGUUGGCCAACCCCGCCCUCUCUGCCGCGCUGCUCCAGCUGCUCCUUCAGAACCAGGCCAAGGCUCAGCAGGCGGGACUCAUCGGGGAGAACCCUCUGGCCGCUCUGCCUGUCCAGCAGGGAGUCCAUCUGCUCGGAGACCUGCCCCAAGGUGCAGUGGUUCCAGGGCUGGGCCUCCAACCGGAUCCCCUGCCCCAGCUGAAGGCAAUGCCGCUCGGCAGAACCCUGGCGAGGGAGCAGGAGUCCCCCACGUCAAUGUGCAGCUUCCCCCAGACGCCCUCCCCCACCCUCCCGGGGAUCUCCAUGCCCCUGAUGGGCGGCCUGCUGGGGGCAGAUGGCAUUGCAGCGCAGGGGGUAUCCAUUCUCGGGGAUCCUCAAAAAGAUGUGAGCCUUCCCCAAGGCGCCUUCCUCAGCGUCAACAAUGUUUUUCCCUCAGGAGGAAGCUGCAGACCUCACCCCUACAGAAAGAGGCCCACACUGAGCAACGUGUCCAACCAGCACACACACCACAGCGUUCAGCCCAGCUACAACCUGCGCUAUCAGGACUCCUACAGCCCCGAGCACGCCUCUCUGCACCAGGACCCCCUGGCCCACUUGUUUGAGCAGCAGGAGAACCUUGAUGCAGGCCUCUUGGCAGGAUUUGGUCACCAGCUGUCUCAUGACCCGGAAUACAGCGAGCGCUUUUCCUUGUACAGCCUCCCCCCCAGCCCACCCCUGUCCUCCUACUUCAGCUCAGGACCUGAGGCCUCCGGUAGCGGGAGCCUACCUUCUGCCCAGCUGAACAGGGCUGUGGGAAUGCCUCCUGUGAGCCACACCGCUAACUACCCCCCGGGCCUCGGCAACGUCAUGAAGACUCCCAUCGGCAGCCAGAAGCGGGCGUUCUCCCGCCUCAUCCCGUCUCCCGAGCCCAGCCCCGAGGGCGGCUACGUGGGCCAGCACUCCCAGGGCCUGGGCGGCCAUUACGCAGACUCCUACCUGAAGCGUAAGCGCAUAUUCUGAACGCCGCCGCCGCUGCGUGCCUCUUGCCGUACGAGUAGCCAUUCAACAGCCAGGACACUGUGGCAUCUCCUCCCAUUGUCCCUCCCAUCAACUUUACAGCGUGGUGGCCCUCGGACUUGUCCCCCGCCGUGUGCUCCUGUGAGUGACCCCUGGAGGGCGCUGAGGAGCGCGCUCUGUCGCUGCCUGGACAGUUGUGACACUCGAAGGGAAUUCUUGGUGGUUGUUUUAUUUUUUUCCUUUUGUGUGUGUGUGUGUGUGUAUAUAUGCAUAUAUGAAUUUAACGUGUUGUGUAAUUUAAGUUUUUAUUUUCCUCUUUUUUUAAAAAAAUGGACUUAAUUUCCUGUUGAAGAACAUGUGCACCUCGGAAAAAAAUGGUUAUCUAGCAAAUGAGGUCUUUUAAAGCAUUUUAAAAUUCCUGUGUAGAGUGUGGUGUUUCGGCGCAUCUCCAGAAAGUGUGCUGUCCGUUCCUCCAGGCCAAAAGAUUCUCAUCGUAUUUAAAAACAGGCUCAAUUUGAGA